CAAAUAUCUGUGCCUGUGGAAACGAAGAAACAAAACGCAAAAGUGCUUUCGGGUUAUUGUUUAUUGAUUGAAUUCGUGCUUUCUAUAAUAUUCAUAAAAAUAAGAUCUAUUUGAAUAAAAUACAAUGUGAGAUGAAAUAUACGUGACCCUACGCCAUGUCAGCUAAUGGGAAUGGUGGGUUCUACGCACCGCUGAAACAAAUACUGUCCGACUCGGAAUCAGAGGAUGAUAAGCUUGAAAAUGCAAUGCAUAUCAAAGCUACGGAUAGUUGCAACAACCUGGACUUCAACAGUGGCCUGCAAUCUUCGAAGAACUACAGCAUAAGUGACAUGGACGAGUUUAACACCAACGUGAACACAGUGGAGAGCACAAUGGACAACGUAAGCUUCUUGCAAUCCGACAUAUCCACCAAGAUGACUUUCCCGCGCCGGUGCGCGUUCAUCGCUUCCAUACUCAUGUGCAUAUUCACCGUCGUGAUAUUCCUGUGGGGCAUUCCUUGCUCAGAGGUCGGCAGCUGCGCCGCCAACGAGUGGCAAGACAAAACUACCAGCUGGGAAUUGCCAUACAAUGAAAUGGAGUUAUCAGGAGCCGUGCAAGUUGUAGACGGAGCAAUUCCAAACACCAAGAACUUGAUAUUCAUAUACCGAGGCAAUCACAUGAGACUAGAACCUAAAACCAGCAGUGAGAAUGUUAAUGGUGUAGUCCUCAUUGUGGGCAACUCUGGCAAGGUUGGUUGGUUCACUAGGGAGAGUAGAAUACCAACUGAUAUCAACUGUCACCUUCUCGAUGUCAACAGGGACAAACAAAAGGACUGUAUUGUGUCAGGAACUGAGGGGUUGCUUGCAGCUCUAGACUCAGUGUCUGGCACUUAUUACUGGCACAUUCACAAACAAGGAAAAGAUCUGAGUAAAAUAGUUGCACUUGACUUCCCUGUAAUGGUGAAAGACAUGAAUGAUGACAAAGUAAAUGAUUUGUUGACAGUUGCCACUGUGUACCCCAAUGCUAACCACAACUCUCUACUGAUGAUAUCUGGUGCUACUGGCAUGAUCAUGGCUGAGCCGAUUCCUAUUGAUGAUUGUCUGUCUGUGAAGCUUCUAGCUGAGAUGGAUACAGUCACAUACAUCUGUAAGAAUGGCACCACUGAAGCUGUGAGACUGAUCUCUUUUUCAGUGUUGAAGAAAAUGCUCAAGAAGGAUCAGCCUAUCAACCAUACACAACCUCCACCUACAGUCCUGAAAAGAAUCAAUGUAAGCAUGAAGAAGAACAUCGGAAACACUAUAGAGACAUUUACUAAUGGCCCGGGAAAAUUAAAGGUAGAAAAUUCAGGAGAAUGUCCAAAUUCCUGCAGGGUCUACCUAAAGCUUAUGUUGGAAAGGAAUGGCACAACUAAUGUCAGUUGGGAGUACACUGCUAAUAAUGUGUAUGCCAUGAGGCCUAGCUCCUUUGCCUUUGCAAACUCCAUACGAGGCUUUGUGUUGAAAUUAUGACAGUGGAACAGUGCACACCUGGCAAAGGGUGCACUGAAAAUUGAUGAAGUCAGAUACAAUGUUCAAAACCAAAGUCCCAAAAACAUUAAUGACAUGUUCUAUCGAUCCAAUAUAGAUGUCGCAUCAAUAUCCGCUUUCAUUAAAUACACAAACUUCACUGUUCAUGAUAUUUCUGAGAGGAUUGUUUUGGUACUAUUUGACAAACAACAAACUCAUAAUGUGAACAUCAGUCAAACAGAUAUUGUGCAGAUAUGUGUGCGAGGGCCUAUUGAGAGCAAGACUCCUCUGCCUCUGUGCCAACCUGACUUAGAGUACCAGGAGAAGUCAUUGAUGAUUGCAGACUUGGAUGGAGAUCAGUCUCAUGAACUGAUAUCAUAUUACAGUACAUUUGUGGCUCCAGAAUAUACACCAAAGAAUUCUAAUCCUUAUGACAAUUGGAGCCUGACAUCUUUAGUGCGGGUGAUUCGUUUGGAAUCAGAAUUACCUAAACUGUUUGUUACUGAUGUUUAAUAACAUUAUCCCAUGUAAUCAUCUUGCUUUACAAUGUAUUCUGCUGAUAUAUAAACUUCAAUUUGCCAAAUGUAAUGCUGGUGUGCUGUAUAUGUAGCUUGGCAGCUAGCAAUAGGGUGUCUAGUCAUUCAUCUUGUACUUAUUGUCCAUUGUAUUUCAAAGGAAAGUUAUCUAAGAUACAAAUAUAUUAUAUGUAAUAUUGGGGCUUAUAGCAAACGUAUUUAUGCUCCUAGAAGUCAGUGUACUGAUCAGUCCCAUAAUUUCUUUGACAUAUUCUUAAAUUUUCAUAUAACUUAGGUAAGAUAUUACUCAUGCAUGUAGUUUUACAAUCGUUUUCGCCUGGAGUGUUCAAUGUUUAUUAUAACUACUAUUAACAUUAAAUAUUAACAGUAGAACUAAGUAUUCGUGUACCUAUUUAUAUAUUUCUAGUCUUUAGGAUCAUUGUGACUGUAUACCGAGAUAGUAUAAAGUUUAUCUCUGUUUAAUUUUUCUAGUGGAAUGGAGCCCCCUGUGGGUUUGUGUGAUCAAAGUUUGUUAGUAUUGUAUAACAGCCAGGGUAAAAAAUUGUAGAAUUAAAUAAUAUUUUGCAAAGUUAAUUUAUAUUAUAAAAAUAUUUUAAUCUGAAUGUAUUUUUAGGAUAAUUAUCAAAAGGUUGCCCUGGCUUUGAUUUCUCAGAAUCUCAAUCUGUUUUGGUCUGGUUAUGGCACAUGAAAUUGCUAGUCUGAGUAUUUAUACCACUGUGGUGAUAAGUUAUGCUUCACUAUAUGUCUAUUUAGUUUUGUAUUAGAAAAUAUGCGGAGUGAAGUGCCUUAACGCGGGGGCUAUGGAGUGGUUCUUUUGCGUCGAUUCGUUGAAAUAAAAACUUGUCAAAAAUA